UUCAGAGGCAGGAGGAAGUUAUUUAGGGAGGCGCGUGAGGGCGGAGUUUACACGAGCAGAUCUUCAUUGAAAAGCGCCAUAGAACAUCAUCAUCAUCAUCAUCAGCGGCGCACGCGAUCAGUCAGCAGGAAUGGCUCCGGUAUCAGUCAAACGCGUUUUAAUCAGUGAAAGUGUUGAUCCGUGCUGCAAAACUAUAUUGCAAGAGAAUGGCAUUGAAGUGACGGAGAAACCGCAGAUGACUAAAGAAGAGUUGAUUGCAGAGAUUCAGAAUUACGAUGGUUUAGUUGUCCGAUCAGCAACCAAAGUUACUGCUGAUGUCAUCAAUGCUGGCAGUAACUUGAAGAUCAUUGGACGAGCCGGAACAGGAGUUGACAAUGUGGAUGUGGAUGCAGCAACCAAGAGAGGAAUCAUUGUCAUGAACACUCCGAGUGGAAACACAAUCAGUGCUGCUGAACUCACCUGUGCUCUUUUGAUGAGCUUGUCAAGACAUAUUCCACAGGCUGUCAUGUCAAUGAAGGAUGGAAAAUGGGAUCGUAAAAAGUUCAUGGGUGCAGAGCUGUAUGGAAAAGUUCUUGGAAUUGUAGGGCUUGGAAGAAUCGGCAAAGAGGUGGCGACAAGAAUGCAGUCCUUUGGGAUGAAGACCAUCGGUUACGACCCCAUCACCCCUCCGGAGGUUUCUGCGGGCUGGGGUGUGGAGCAAAUGUCUUUGGAGCAGCUGUGGCCGCAGUGUGAUUAUAUCACAGUCCACACUCCACUCAUGCCCUCCACCACAGGUCUCCUCAAUGACGCCUCAUUUGCUAAGUGUAAGAAGGGUGUGAAGGUGGUGAACUGUGCUCGUGGUGGCAUCAUCGAUGAAGCCGCCCUCCUCCGGGCUGUGGAGUCGGGGCAGUGUGGAGGAGCGGGACUGGAUGUGUUUGUGGAGGAGCCUCCAAAGGACCGGGCGCUGGUGAACCACCCCAAUGUUAUCAGCUGUCCUCAUCUGGGAGCCAGCACUAAAGAAGCACAGGCUCGGUGUGGGAAGGAUAUUGCCCUGCAGAUUGUGGACAUGGUUACAGGCAAAGCAUUAGUGGGAGCUGUCAAUGCUCAGGUGUUGGUCAGUACUUUCUCUCCUGACUCUCAUCAGUGGAUUCGGCUGGGAGAGUCCAUGGGCAGAGUGUUGAAGGCCUGCAGCACUUCUAAAGAACCCUACAGCCAGGUCCAUGUCACAGCACUUGGUGAGUCCUUAAAGAAGUCCACUGGGUUUUUGAGCUCAGCAGCUGUGGUUGGUUUACUCACUGAAGGUCCUCAGAAUGGCCCCAACUUGGUGAAUGCACUGCCUCUAGCUGCAGAGACUGGAAUUACUGUGAAGACUGAUCACAACGACUCAAAUGGCCUUGAGGCGUGUGUUGUGGAGGUCUCUGUGAACGGCAGUAGCUAUAAGGCUGUUGGCUCGGUGCAGACUGGGGUUCCUGUGCUGUUGGAGCUGAAUGGAAGUGUGUUUCGACAGCCUAUUCCUCUCAGCGGACACCUGCUGUUCUUCAAGGCCGCCACCUCCACUGAUCUCCUGCUCUCUGUAACUGGGGUUUUGGCCGCUGCAGGUGUGGAGCUGGAGUCCUUCAGUGCCUCUACUGCCAGCAGUGGUGACCAGUGGUACUGCAUGGGGGUUUCUUCACUGCUGGGGGACAUGGGUGCCUUUAAAUCCUUAGUGAAAGAGGCUGCACAGCUCUCUGUUUGAAUAUCUGUCGCUGAACCUGAUCUGAACCACUUAACAUUCCAGCAUCUAAAGCUCUAGCCUUACUGAGUUUCAUUACUUACUGUUACUCACAUUGAUCACUACAAUUCCUAAAACAACAGUGUGAAAAGUCAGAUGUUUACUUUUGUUGUUAUUAGUUUACUAAACCUUAUUUGUAUUGCAGAUAUGUGAAUGUGUUUGAUUAAAACGAUAACCAUCA